AAAUCUAUCAAAAUAAAAAAAUGGCAGCCCGUGAAUCGAAUCGUGUGAAGGAAGCGGACAAGAAGCGUGUCUUAGAUGAAGCGUCACGGAUUCGUCGUGUUCGUAAGGCGCUCAACGCUUUGGAACAAGAUAACUUUCAUGAAGAUCCACACGCAGAUUUGGUCAUGUCGAAAAAAAUUCCGAAAUUCGAUGAGACCCUUGAACAAACAAACGGACGCGUUGGCCGAAAAGCUAAACGUAAAAAUGGUGAUUUUGUCCGAGCGAAAUAUCGUAAGAAUUUACUACAAUUGCUGGAAGACGAUCGUAUUAGCUAUGAUGAAGUCAACGAACCGUGUUACAGCAGUGCACAAGCGCCCGAAUCAAUAUUACCCGAACGGCAUUUUUGUGCGGUAUGUGGAUUUCCAUCAAAUUAUACAUGCACCGUUUGCGGCACACGUUAUUGUUGUAUUCGAUGUUUGGGCAUUCAUCAAGAUACUCGUUGCUUAAAAUGGACUGCUUAAGUUUAUGUCUUACACACACAAAUAUUAUUAUUAUUAUUAUUAAAAUACAACAUUUUUGACACAAUAAAAAAAAAUAUUCAAACG